AUGAAAACUUAUAGUGUUUUAACUAUUAUUAGCUUCCUCAUCACAAUCCUCGCUUCUAUUGACUUCAAGACCCUCAUGUCUGGCACAGCUAAAUCCGUUGUCGUGAUGGAAGAAAUUCCCGUGUUCGUAGUCCUCGUCCAGUACACUACAUCCACAAUAACGGCUUCUUUCCUAGUCAACUCAGCCAACAUCGGCAUUUUCAAUAAACUUGCCAAAAUAGACGCAGUGUUGGAAGCAGAAUCAAUCAGUGACUACUACAAAAGAUCCCGUAUGGAAACCUAUGGAUUUCUAUUCUUUCUAGUUUUAUCUCAUUUAAUCAAUAUCAUAAUAGAAUUAGUGACCGCAGAAGACGUUACAGUACAUGCAUUGAUCGUUCUUCCUUUAUACUUCAUACAAAAACUGGAAAUAGUGGCUUUUUGCAAGUACAUUGCUAUGGUGAAACGCAGAUUGGUAUUGAUAAAUGACCAUUUGAAAGUAUUUGUUCAAGAGCAAGAGAAAAAGAAGAAUAAUAAGACAAUAUUUAGUGUAUCGAAAAGUAAUCCUGAUCCCAAAGAGAAUGUUGAAAUCAAGUUUAUUGGUCGAGCCGUAGAUGGCAAUACCAAAAUACGGGAUCUAGCAUCGAUGUACGAUGUGAUUGGAAGGAUUUGUUCAGUGAUUAAUGAAGUGUUUAACUUCCAGAUAUUUAUGACCCUUGUAUCAACAUUUACUUAUGUAGUAAUAACGAUAUGGUCUUCAUUGUACUACUAUCGGACGCCUGCAAGUAAUUCAGGAGAACUGAUUAACACUGCUAUUUGGUGUUUCAGCGCAAUCUAUACUGUUGGUGUUAUGUCAUUGGCUUGUGAACAAUUGCUUCUAGUACGAAAUGAGACUAGAGUACUAGUAAACAAGAUUAUAAUGAACUAUGAUCUCCCGAACUCCAUGAGGGUGCAGGCUAAAGCGUUCAUGGAGCUAGUUGAAGCUUGGUCGUUACGUAUUUACAUUUACGACCUCUUUUCAGUCGACAUAACUUUGAUGUUAAAGUUCAUUAGCGUUGCCACUACAUAUUUGAUUGUCAUUAUACAAAUUUCUCAUUUCGUUUAA